AUGUCGCAGACGUACCUGUGCGAGAAACUUGCAUACGAAAAAUUGUCAAAUAACUUCUUAUUCAAUAGCGUUUAUAUUGACCGGAAAUUCGCCUUUGGAACUUUCAAUAUCGGUAAGCAUUAUCAUGCAUUGGGUCCAUUUCUCAUACAAAAAUAUAUAGACCAAGGGAAAGAAAAUAUACGGAGCAAGGAAAAGAAAAAUAUGAUCGAUUGCCCAAAGAUAAAGCGACGUACGAAAAGUCCGAAGAGUAAUUGGAAACAAUUCACAGUGUCGGAAUAA